AUAAUACUGCCCCUAGUUGCGGAGGCGCUUUGCCUGGCUUGGUAAAUCCUUUCUUCUUCUCUUCCAGCCCCCCGGAAACGGGGUCUUCAUUAAAGAAGAGAGGCAGGACUCCCAGGUCUGGGCAGUGUCCAGCGCGGGCUUUCGUCUUGUUCGCUGACUGCAGAGUCCAGGCAGGGGGUCCUUGCCUGCCACCUCUGCUGCUGAGGCAUUUGUCAUCUGCACACAGUAUGAGGGGCCAUCCUUCUCUGCUCUUAGUCUACAUGGGACUGGCCACCUGCCUGGACACCUUACCUCAUGGAGAGCAAAACCAAGUUCCUGACAUCUUCCUGGAUCCCCUGGAGGCCCAGAGUUUUCUAGUUGGCCACAGGCGGGUUCCUCGGGCUAACCACUGGGACCUGGAGUUGGUGACUCCUGGGAACCUGGAGCGGGAGUGUCUGGAGGAGAGGUGCUCCUGGGAGGAGGCCCGGGAGUACUUUGAGGACAACACAAUGACGGAGCGCUUCUGGGAAAACUAUGCCUACAAUGGCAAGGGAGGUCGUGGACGAGUAGAUGUGGCAGGCCUGGCGGUAGGACUGACCUCUGGGAUCCUGAUCAUCGUUUUGGCUGGCUUGGGAGCCUUUUGGUAUCUGCAUUACCGACGACGGCGCCGCCUCAGAGUCCAGGAGUCCUGUCAGCAAGAGACCGGACUCAUCAGUCCCCUGAGCCCCCCGACGCCCUUGUCUCCACCCUUACCUCCAGGCCUCCCCACCUACGAGCAGGCGCUAGCAGCCUCUGGGGUGCAUGAUGCCCCUCCGCCCCCUUACUCCAGCCUCCGGAGGCCUCACUGAAGACCUGCUCCAGAGCGCGGGCUGCCCGAACUGUGCCCCCGAUACACGGCGGAUUCCGGAAGUCGCUGGGCCUCUUCGACUGCCCGGCUUCAAUGUGUGCACGGGGGAGUCAGGGUCGUCGGACCCGCGGUCUACCAUGACACACGUGUUUCCGCCGCGCACGGAUACACGCAUGCCCCUGACAAUCCUGCUGCCGAGUCCGUGCCCCUGUCUCUUCCCCACCUCUCCAGAGCCGCGGCCCUUCCUCGGAGUGGGCAGGCUCCUUUGGAAACUCGGACAAGACGUGACUCGACUGUCGCCCCACCGUGUCGCGGGGAGCGUACACGGAGGGAGCCAGGCCCGUGCACACGCCCGCCCUCGAGUAUUUCCCCAGUCUGCACAUGGGCGGUUCGUGAUCCAGCAUAAAGGUGGAAGGCACUUUUGCUGUGUCCUGGAAAAGGGGUGUCACGCUUGUGUUGCACCCCGGGAAAUGGAGUUGAGCUGCUAUCUACCUAAAAAAAAAAACCUUUGGAAAAGGAAGAAAUUUAAAAAGAAAGAAAGCCCCCCACACAAGAAUUGAAACAAUUCAUGAAAAAUAAAAAUGAAAACGAACUGAA